AUGAAAGAAAUAACACAUCAACAAAUUUAUUUCUUUGAAGAUGGAUUUAGAAGAGUCAUUCCUUAUUAUAAAGAAUUUCAAGUGAAUGUAAAAGGUAGAUGGAUAGGAAAAAGUAUUGGAGAGAUUUAUAGAAGUGAAUUUAAAUACAUUUCAAAAGAAGAGAUACAAAACCAAAUAAAAGAAGAAAUAACAUAUUUAAUCAAUAAAAAUGGAAUAAAAAAAGAAACAACAAUAAAUUCUGUUAUUGAAGAACAUGACAUUUUAAUUAGUAAAUGUCAUUUACAUGAACCUCCUGUUCCAAUUAAAGAAAUUCAAAUAAUAGAAAAUACAAAUGAGUAUCUUGUUAUUAAUAAACCAUCUGGAAUUCCUGUUCAUCCAACUGGAAGAUAUAACCAAAAUUGCAUCAUUAAUAUCCUUCUUAAUGAAUAUCACUUUUCUCAUUUAAAACCUGUUUAUCGUUUAGACAAAAAUACAAGUGGCAUUCUUCUCUUUGCAAAAACUAAAAUAUUUGCUUCUUCCUUUCAAUCAAUUUUAAAAGAAAAGUCAUCUGUUAUUUCAUCUACUUCUUCACUUCAAAAGAUUUAUUUAGCUAGAGUAGUUGGAUAUUUUCCAGACACGAUUGAAGUGAAUCUUCCUUUACAUUUGGUUCGUUUUGGGACAGAAUCCCAAAGUUGUAUUUGUGAAGAUGGUAUUGAAGCUAGAAGUAGUUUCAAAAGACUUUUUUUCGAUAAAGACAGUAAUACAAGUGUUAUUGAAUGUGUGCCUCAUACAGGAAGAACACAUCAAUUAAGACUUCAUCUCAAAGCAAUUCAUCAUCCAAUUGCAAAUGACUCUGCUUAUUUAUUAAAUCAAAUCCAUAAUUACAGACAACAAGAUGGAGAAAUUAAUCGUGAAAAUAAAUGGAGAGAAAAGUAUGGAUGGGUUUUUGAUAAAGAUUGUAAAGAUUGUAAUUUCCCUAAAGGUGAUCCUAUAGAAGAACAAAUUUGGUUACAUGCAUGGAAAUAUUCAUUUAAUUCACAUGAUUGGAUUGCUGAAAUACCAGAAUGGGCAGAAGUAAAUUUUGACGCAAAAAGUUUUAUUAAAGAAUGGAAAGAACGAAUUGGGAUAGAUGAAAGAAAAUAA